AUAAAAGGCAACAAGGGCAGGAAAUAUCACAUUCGUUAAGCUUUGAAUUGACGAUCGCUGUGUGAAGUCACAUCACGCCACAGUGUCGCUCUCCAAUACUCCAGACGGGAGUUGGUAGUGAAAUCCGGACUCGACUGAACUAAUCCGCAUGUCCGUGCAGUAGCCCCUAUUCCAAGUACAUCACAACAACCUCCGAACAGGCUGAAUUAUCGCCAAAACAACCCGACAAGAUGGCCUCAGCUAUAAUACAUUGGAUCAUGGAGUCCUCCUUCAUGGAACACCUUCACUGGGUCCCACCCCCGGAACGCACACGCUCCGAGCCAAUGCAAAUCCUCUGUCUCGGCCUCUCCCGUAGCGGUACCGAAUCGCUCUCCCGCGCCCUUGCGAUCCUCGACUACAAGCCCUACCACGGCUUCAACGCAGUCGCAGACACCGCCGACCUCGUCCGCUGGGAUCAAGCCCGCCGUGCAAAAUACGCCGGCUACCCCCUUGCCCUCGAUACCGCCUUCUACGACUCCGUCUUGGGGCCCUACACUGCCGUGCUCGACUCCUCACCCGCCGGGUACAACGCUGCCGAGCUCGUCGCCGCAUAUCCGGACGCCAAGGUAAUCCUCAACACGCGCGACGUCGCGGCCUGGCACGCCUCGUUUGCGGGGACGAUCGUGCCUGCAAUGGUAUCUACGGCCCGGCCACUGGCGCGCUUGCUGUGCAUGUUCGGCACGGAGCGGUUCUGGCUCGAUCGCGGGCGACAGGCAGCGGUUUGUUUUUGGCGGUGUGAAGGCCCGCGUGGUAUUGAGGCGAAUAUGGAUUGGGUGUAUAAGGAGCAUGCAGCGAUGGUGAGGGGGUUGAUGGUGGGAGAGCCCGGGCGGUUUCUAGAGUGGCAAAUUGGCGAUGGGUGGGAGCCGUUAUGUGCGUUUUUGGGAAAGGAGGUGCCGGAGGAGGAAUUUCCGAGCGGGAAUACGUCGCCGGAAUUGAUUUUGAAGAUAUCGGAGAUGUUGCGGAAGGCGCAUCGGGCGUGUUGGCGGAAUUUGUUUAUUUGUGUGGGUGUUGGAGUUGGGCUGGGGGCUACGCUUUAUAUGACGGUUUAAGAUCUUUGAUGUCUGAUAUUGCUAUAAAUUUUACGCACCGUAUUCGUGGCGAUUGGAGCUUUUUUCGGGAUUAUAACUAAC